ACCUCGGGCCCCACACCAGAAGGAGAAAGCUAGGGGCCGCGCCAGCUCCGCCCUCCCCCGCGGGGCGGCGGGCCCCAGCCCGGGCACAGGAAGGCCACGUCCCCGGGGAGGGACGCCCGACUCGAUGGUCUGCGCAGGACCCGUCGGCCCCACGUGACGUGCGCGCAGCCAAUCCCGGAGAGGCCCCCCGAUCAUCGAGACGGCGGCGGUGGUGGGCUAGACCAGUUUCGCGCGGCCGCUCGCCGUCCCCCGCCCAGUCGUCCUCGGCGCCCCAGCUCGGUGCUGCCGCCAUUUUCCUGGAGGACAGGAGCAGAGGCGAAGGCUCCCCCUCCCCGUGAUCGCUCCGCACUCCCGCCACCACCUGCCCUCCCCCGACCGCCUCUCUCCUCCUCAGUGGGCACCUGUCUCCUUCUAACAAACGGCCUUCCCCCGACUCCAGUUACCCACCGCAAGGCGAAGAUUCUCCUUACCUGUUCCACUCUUAUUAGCAUAAGAAAACCGAGCUCAUAAGACGAAGCUUCACAAAAGAUGUCUAAGCAACAACCAACUCAGUUUAUAAAUCCAGAAACUCCUGGCUAUGUUGGAUUUGCAAAUCUCCCCAAUCAAGUUCACCGAAAAUCAGUGAAAAAAGGUUUUGAGUUCACACUGAUGGUGGUCGGUGAAUCAGGUCUAGGAAAAUCGACUCUCAUAAACAGCCUUUUCCUAACUGAUCUCUACCCAGAAAGAGUCAUACCUGGAGCUGCAGAAAAAAUUGAAAGAACUGUCCAGAUUGAGGCUUCAACUGUUGAGAUUGAAGAGCGAGGGGUGAAGCUACGCCUGACAGUGGUAGAUACCCCUGGCUAUGGUGACGCUAUCAACUGCAGAGAUUGUUUUAAGACAAUUAUCUCCUAUAUUGAUGAGCAGUUUGAGAGGUACCUGCAUGACGAGAGCGGCUUGAACAGGCGGCACAUCAUUGAUAAUAGGGUGCAUUGUUGCUUUUACUUUAUUUCACCUUUUGGACAUGGACUUAAGCCCUUAGAUGUGGCGUUUAUGAAGGCAAUACACAACAAGGUGAAUAUUGUGCCUGUCAUUGCAAAAGCUGACACUCUCACCCUGAAGGAACGGGAGCGGCUGAAGAAAAGGAUUCUGGAUGAAAUUGAAGAACAUAACAUCAAAAUCUAUCACUUACCUGAUGCAGAAUCAGAUGAAGAUGAAGAUUUUAAAGAGCAGACUAGACUUCUCAAGGCUAGCAUCCCGUUCUCUGUGGUUGGCUCCAAUCAGUUGAUUGAAGCCAAAGGAAAGAAGGUCAGAGGCCGCCUCUACCCCUGGGGUGUUGUGGAGGUGGAGAACCCAGAGCACAAUGACUUUCUGAAGCUGAGAACCAUGCUCAUCACACACAUGCAGGAUCUGCAGGAGGUGACCCAGGACCUUCAUUAUGAAAACUUCCGUUCUGAGAGACUUAAGAGAGGCGGCAGGAAAGUGGAGAAUGAGGACGUGAAUAAAGACCAGAUCUUGCUGGAAAAAGAAGCUGAGCUCCGCCGCAUGCAAGAGAUGAUUGCAAGGAUGCAGGCGCAGAUGCAGAUGCAGAUGCAGACUGGGGAUGGCGAUGGUGGGGCUCUCGGGCAUCACGUGUAAGGCCAUGUGCACGUAUCAAGAAGUCACAGAAAACACUUUCCUGGAUAAAAAAGAAAACAUUCCAGAUGCGUGAUCCAGCUGUGUGUUUUCAAUCCUUGGGAGGGUGCCAUCCACAUUUUAACAGUACCUGUGCCUGCGAAUUUAAUUUUUAAAAGACUUUUGAUGUGUUUUUUGUAUGAAGUACUUUUAACAUACGUAUUUCAUUGCUGUGUUACACUCUGUAUUUUGUGAGGUGAAUGUUUUCCUUUUCUUUCUCCCUAACCACUAAUGUUAGAAUUGAUUUCCAAGAAUCGGCAUGUGUGCUUAAUACUGAAUUUCUUUGAUUUAACUGACUUAACAACUGACUAACCAUUGAUGAGCACUCCUGAUUUAUAUCUAGAACAUUCAGAUUUACCCAUAAUCUGAGUGGUAGAGGUGUGAGCCUAGUGAUGUAGAAAGAUGCACUGACUUGGUGCAAGGCCUUCUGCUUACCACAUCAUACCAU